GAGAUCUUCAUCUUUGAAAAUAUCCAACAGCUAAUAACUGUAACUGUACAUAAUAAUCAAUUGUUAAGGCUAUCAAACCCAAGAAUGACAACUUCAUCAGUAGGAAAUAAAAAUGGUAGACCAACAUUAGAAAAUUCUUUUGUAUCCAACAAUACUUAUAACUUUUCUCAAGCAACUCAAUAUAGCUAUGUAUUUGAUUCUUUUGCAUCACUUAAUCCUUUUUGA